GCUCGGCCCGGCCGGGCGGCCAUGUGACUCUGGGGCCGGGCCUGGACGCGACGGGACGCGCUCCGCCGGCGUCGGGGGUCGCGGGCGCUGCCCGGGGCGGGGGCGGCAUGGAGCGGAGGUGGGUCUUCGUGCUGCUCGACCUGCUCUGCGUGCUGGUCGCCGCCCUGCCUUUCGCCAUACUGACGCUUGUGAACGCCCCGUACAAGCGAGGGUUCUACUGUGGUGAUGACUCCAUCCGGUACCCCUACCGUCCAGACACCAUCACCCACGGGCUCAUGGCCGGGGUCACCAUCACUGCCACCGUCAUCCUUGUCUCAGCUGGAGAGGCCUACUUGGUGUACACGGACCGCCUCUAUUCCCGCUCCGACUUCAACAACUACGUGGCUGCCGUCUACAAGGUCCUGGGGACAUUCCUGUUUGGGGCUGCCGUGAGCCAGUCCCUGACAGACCUGGCCAAGUACAUGAUCGGCCGGCUGCGGCCCAACUUCCUGGCAGUGUGUGACCCUGAUUGGAGCCGAGUGAACUGCUCCAUCUAUGUGCAGGUGGAGAAGGUGUGCAGGGGAAGCCCUGCCAACGUUACGGAGUCCAGAUUAUCUUUCUACUCCGGACACUCCUCCUUUGGGAUGUACUGCAUGAUGUUCUUGGCGCUCUAUGUGCAGGCGCGGCUCUGCUGGAAGUGGGCACGGCUGCUGCGGCCCACCGUGCAGUUCUUCCUGGUGGCCUUCGCCCUCUAUGUGGGCUACACCCGUGUAUCUGACCACAAACACCACUGGAGUGAUGUCCUCGUGGGCCUCCUGCAGGGUGCCCUGGUGGCCGGCCUCACUGUUCGCUAUAUCUCUGACUUCUUCAAAACCCGGCCCCCACAGCGCUGCCUGGAAGAGGAGGAGCUGGAACGGAAGCCCAGCCUGUCACUGACGCUGACCCUGGGCGAGGCUGACCGCAACCACUAUGGGUACCCAGUCUCCAACUCCUGAGGCUGGAAGCCACCCAGGCGGGCCCAUGCGUGCCUGCAGCUGGGCCUCGGGCUGUGUGUGGGUCGGUAGGUCCCUGGCAGGACCUCACCUGGGAUGGUUUGGACUGGCUCCAGGUGCCACGGCUGGUUCAUCAGAGGGGUUCUAUGAAGCCAACCUCCUGUGCACUGGACAAGGGGUCUGGGAUUGGCCAGGGUAGCCCUAGUGUUUAGAUGGAGGACCCUCCAUUACGAGUAGAGCUCCCUCAGUACCCCUUCUUUUGCUGGGUUAGGGAAGGGACCAAGAGAUCUGGAUAAAUGCUGUUUUGUAAAAUGUAAUGUAUAUGUGGAUUUUUAGUAAAAUAGGGCAUUUGCUCAA